UCAGCUGUUACAAUUUCUGGAGUUGAUAUCAUUUUAUCAGCAUCAGUGACUCAGUAAAUUGAUUAAAACAUCUAAUUAUACUUCAAAUAAAAAUAAUAAUAAAAUCAUUCCAACAUGCACGGAAGGCUGAAAGUUCGUACUACUGAAGAAGAACGCGAACGCAAGAAAAAGGAACAAAUACUUAAAGUAAAAGCCUAUAGAGCCGCAAUGGGAAAAAUACAGGAGAAACGGCGAUUACAACAACUGGAUGACGAAAUGUUGCAGCUCACUUCGCUAAUACUACUUAGAAAUCCAGAUGUCUCAACAUUAUGGAAUAUUAGACGUGAAUGUGUCGAAAAUAAAUCAUUGAAUAUUGAGGACGUAGAUCAGAAGCAAGCAAUCUACGAUACGGAAUUAAAUUUCAGCGAACAGUGUUUAUUAGUAAAUCCUAAAUCAUAUAACGGCUGGCACCAUCGAUGCUGGACAUUGGAGCACUGUCCUAAUGCCAAUUGGGAGCGGGAAGUGCAGCUUUGUACUAAAUAUUUGAAAAUGGAUGAGCGUAAUUUUCACACAUGGGACUAUCGUCGCUACGUUGUUGAAAAGGCAAACAUAGCCAUGCAAAACGAACUAGAUUUUUGCACAGAGAAAAUAAAAGCUAAUUUCUCCAACUACUCAUCAUGGCAUCAUCGUAGUUUAUUAUUACCUCAAUUGUAUCCUUACGAAGGUGAUGCACAACCAAAGCGCGCAAUGAGUGAAGAAAAACUGAAAGAAGAAUUGGAAAUGGUACUUACGGCCGCAUUUACAGAUCCAAAUGAUAGCAGUGCAUGGUUUUAUCAAAGAUGGUUAUUGGGUUACUCUCGACAGGAAUUAGAUGUGUGUGCUUUUCGCUGCGAUAAUAACCAUGCAGUGCUAUCAUUCACAAAUCCAAUUAUAAUAACUGAAGAAGAUGUUGUGAUAACUGAUUCCAAAGGAAAUAUAAAGAAGAAAAUUGCAAAUUGGCUUUCCAUUAACGGCACUAAAUCAGAUACUACAUGGAUAUCUUCACUAAACGAUAAUAAACUAAUGUUAGAUGAUGCUAAUGAGCAUUACAUUUUGGAAUUAAACAUUACUGACAUCAAUGUCAAGCAAAUUAAUUUAAAGAGAUACAACCAGAGCGUGUUCUAUUUCAAACCACCAAACCAAUCCUUUGCAUUUACGGAAAGUGUUUCGAACGAGUUACAGAUGCAACUGGAGUCUUGCGAAAGUUUAUUAGAAUACGAACCCGACAGUAAAUGGACUUUGUUGACAUCUUCUUUACUAAUGCGCGCCAUAGACUCUCAGAAAUAUCACGAUAAGUCGUUGGAAUAUUUGCAAAAACUUCAGGAAAUUGAUUCACUACGUGAGAACUACUACAAAGAUAUUGCAUCUAAAUGGACAUUGGAGAAAUAUCUAUUGGACUGGUCAGUUUCGGAAGACAUUCCAAAAGAAUUAGACCUUCGCAAUGCAGAGCAUUUAAAUGCGAUUUUCUAUCCCCAGUAUUUGUGCAUCGCAGGCAAAGUUCUUCUAUCACAAAAGUUAAUCAAAUAUAGUGAUACUAAGCUAUUGCAAGGAUUCGGUGCAUUUAAACUCUAAUAAAAAUAUACAUAUGUACAUACAUAUGUAUAUAUGUAUAAGUAAAAAUAAUGACAUUAUAUUUAAAAGUAGCAUAUUAAAUAUAAGUUAACAAUGUACAAACUUAUGAAACCCAUUACAAUAUUUAAAUGUGUAUUUAUUUUGAAUUAACACAACCUCAAGGGAAAGUAGGGUUAACCGCUUGCAGUUACUUUCUGAAAUAUAAAAUCGACCGUCCAUUUAAAUAAGUUUCUUUUCUAUUACCUUUAAUUAUUAAACAAACUAGGUAUAUCAAUAUCUAAAAUAUUUUCUUAGACGGAAUCUAUAUAUAUAAAAUUAAGUGGCAAAACUUCCUGUUCGCAUACUCCUCCUAGACGGCUUACCCGAUUUCAAUGAAAUUUUCAGGGGUGAUUGGGGUCUGUGUGGAGGGUGAACAUAAGAAAUUUAAUGUGUGUAGCAUUGCACGUUUUGCAAAAAAAAAAAAAUUAUACUUCCCGCUUAUACAAAUUCUCAUGAAAUAAUGUUUUGCCGAUGAAAUGUUCAGCGAUUGAUAUGCUUGACCAUGAGCUUCAACGGGAACAACAAUACGAUUGCAAUGAAUUUCGUGCUUUCAUACAAGCUAACAUUAAAAAUUGAAUAUUCAGCAGAAAAAUGCUUAUGAUAAGAUUACACGAGCGGUUGACAAUAACGCCAGUUGAUUCUACUUUCUGGAUGCGCCCGGUUGUACAGGGAAAACGUUUCUGAUCUCUUUGAUUCUUGCUACUAUACGGUCACAGCAGAAAAUUGCGCUGGCAAUUGCUUCGUCAGGCAUCGCUGCUACUCUACUUGAUGGCGGCCGAACAGCACAUUCUGCGUUGAAAUUACUGUUGAACAUCCAAGUCGUUGAAACACCAACGUGCAACAUAUCGAGGAAUUCAGCAAUGGCAAAAGUUUUGCGAGGAGCUGGAAUAGUUCUAUGGGAUGAGUGUCCAAUGGCUAACAAAACUUUUAGGCUGAGCAUUAGUCUUAUUAUCCGGCGAUUUUCGGUGAACUUUGCCAGUCAUUCUUCGAUCAACUCCUGCAGACGAAAUAAACGCAUGUUUAAAAUCGUCAGUUUUGUGGAGAAAUGUUCAAAGGCUGACUCUUACCAUCAACAUGCGAGUCCAAUUGCAAAACGAUCGAUCCGCAGCGGCGUUUUCGAAGUAGUUGUUGGACAUUGGCGAAGGCAAAAUACCAAUCGAUGAUACCGGUUUGAACACAUUGCCGAACAACUUUUGUACACUUUUACAACCGAAAGAAGAAUUGAUUGAAAGUGUAUUUCCGAAUAUUGUUCAACACUAUCAACGCAACGAUUAUUUAAGUGAACGCGCAAUAUUGGCACCGAAAAAUGUACACGUCAACAAAAUCAAUUUUGCCAUUCAAGAAAAACUGCCAGGAGAAGCUACAACA